CCGAGACUUUUUGAAAACUCGUUUGCAGUCGAGGAAAAUGUUUAAAUUCACAUUGUUGUUGUACAUCGCUGUUUUUACGAUAGACGUACAGUCUAUCAACAAUGACUGGUGGAAAGAUGCAGUUAUCUAUCAAAUUUAUCCGCGAAGUUUCAAAGACAGUAAUGGUGAUGGAAUUGGUGAUUUAAAUGGUAUUACCAGCAAACUGGAACAUAUAAAGGACAUUGGAGCUGAUGCAUUAUGGCUUUCGCCAAUCUACACCAGUCCACAGGCAGAUUUUGGGUAUGAUAUUGCCAAUUACACUAAUGUCGAUCCAGGUUAUGGUACAUUGGAUGAUUUCGAUAAACUCGUGGCUAAAGCAAAGAGUCUUGGUUUAAAGGUGAUUUUAGACUUUGUACCAAAUCACAGUUCAAAUGAACAUCAAUGGUUUAAAAAUAGUGUUAACAAAGUGAAACCAUUCGAUGAAUAUUACAUUUGGCGUGACGCUAAAAUUGUCAAUGGUGUGAGAAAACCGCCAAACAAUUGGUUGAGCACAUUUAAAGGUUCAGCUUGGGAAUGGAAUGCACAACGUGGACAGUAUUAUCUUCAUCAAUUCGCUAUUGGUCAACCGGAUUUAAAUUAUCGUUCCUCAUACUUAAAUCAAGCAAUGAAAGAUGUACUCACAUUUUGGAUGACUCGCGGUGUCGAUGGUUUUCGAAUUGACGUUAUUAAUCAUGUAAUCGAAGAUGUUUUAAUGCGAGACGAACCACUAAGUCAUGAUCCAUCAGCCAGCUCUGAUGAUUACAAUUCACUGAUACAUAUUUACACAAAAGAUCAAGAUGAAUCCUAUGGAGUAUUACGAAGCUGGAGAAAUUUGUUGGACGAUUUUGCAAUAAAACACAAUACAGAUGGUAAAUUUCUAAUAACUGAAGCCUACACAACACUUCCUUUAGCAAUGAAAUAUUUUUCUGCCGGAUCCAAUCCAUUUAAUUUCAUGUUUAUCACUGAUUUGAAUGGUGAAUCAACAGCCAUGCAUUUCAAACGAACCAUUGAUACAUGGUUGAAUAAUCUACCGAAGGGAAAUGUUUCCAAUUGGGUAAUUGGUAAUCACGAUAAUCACAGAAUAGCAUCAAGGUAUGGUGUUAAGAAGGCAGAUAUGGUAUCAAUGUUAGCUACGGUUUUGCCUGGAAUCACAGUCGUUUAUAAUGGCGACGAAAUUGGAAUGAUUGAUAGAAAUUUCACAUGGGAAGAAACUAUUGAUGUGGCAGGUUGUAAUUUGGGACAGCAAAAAUAUCAUUUGGGAUCAAGAGAUCCUGAGAGAACGCCAUUUCAAUGGGAUGAUACGACGAGUGCUGGAUUUUCAACUAAUCAAAAAACAUGGCUUCCAGUUAAUGAUAAUUAUAAAACUCUUAAUUUGGCAGCACAGAAAGUUGAAUCGACCUCGCACUACAAGGUUUUUAAGGCUUUGACAACAUUAAAGAAGAAAUCGCUCAAUAUGAAAAAAGGAAAAACUGAAGUCACUUUAAUUACUUCAGAGGUUCUUGGCAUUGUUCGAAGGCUACAGGGAACUUCUCCAGUGGCACUUGUAAUCAAUACCUCCGACAGAGAAGUUGAAGUUAAUGCAAUGGGUUGGUUAAAUAUUCCACUUCAAAUGUCCGCUUAUGCGACUAGUGUAAAUUCGGGAAUUCCUUUUGGUACACAAGUUCAAUCGAACGCAUUGAAAAUACCUGGAUCAGCGUCAAUGAUUCUUGUAUCUCAAAAUCAAAUGAAUGAAUUAUUAACCGAUUUGUAAAGAUUUUUCUCUAUUUAAUUGUAAUGAAUAAAAUUAAUUAUUAAUAUCUCAUAAAGGUAAUAGUAUCAAUUUUAGUUAAAUAGAAUAUUCAUUUAUAAUAAUUUAUCAUAUCGUUAUACUAAAUAUACAUAACUAUUUGAAAUUGAAAAUGUAACACCAGAAAUUGUAAAAGAAUUAAAGAUUGCAAAAUAAAUAUAUAAAUGUUUGCAAUAUUA